ACAGUCCCCAUGAAAAGAUAGAUCACAGACAUAAGUCUUAAGGAGAUCAAGGAAACAAAUGUAGUAAGAAAAAAGAUCUGGGAAGAAUAUACACUUUCAUAUAAAACAAGAAAAGUUGUAGAUAUAAUAAGGGAGGGCCUUUGACUUAUUGAGUUAUUUGUCACUAAAUCCCUUCCAUUUAAUCCCCUCUACUCAUUGCAUCUUGCACAUCUGCUCUUAGUUUCCUGUAUUUCUCACAUUUUCCAUUUUUGCAGAGGGAGAACAAAUCAAAGAUUGCAACUCAAAACAAAAAAAGAGAACAAAUCAGCGAUAAAGGAUGUACGGGAUCUCAACUUUCUGGUACAGGACAUUGAAGCGUUACUGGCUUAGGAGGGGCUAUAAGCCUCUAAACUCGGCAAUUAAGGAGAGCAGCAAUGGCGGAAAACGCAUAGAAUCAACGACUUUAGGGGGGAAAUAUCGGCAAGGUUGGAAGGUGGGUUCGAUUCCUCGGCUUCAGCUGAAUAUGAAGAGCUGUUACUCUCCAAAGAGGGCAUUGGUUAGAGCGAGAGAUGCUUAUGUGAAUGCCAUGGUGGGUGCAGCGAGUUCGAGUGCAUAUUUGAGUGAAAGAGGAGGUGGGUUCUGCAGAAAAGAGGUUCAAAGAGAUCAGAGGUUCAAGUUUAUUGCUGAUGUUGAGAAGAAAGUGUUGUUUGAGUUAUACAGUCGAUCACUGAGGAGGAGAGAGGAAGAUAUGGUUUGAUUUAUUAGAGAAAGAGAAGCUUUGAAGGUUUAAAGACAUGGAUUUCCUGGAUGAUUAGGUCCGUGUACUCUCCAACUCCCUCUCUCUUGUUAGAGUCUAGACUCUGGACUCUCUGCAUAUGUCUUUCUGUGUAUCCGGUCUCUCUCGCACCUGUUAUCGGUGUAAAACAGUAAAACUUCAACAUUGCAAUGGAAAAUGGUUGGAUAGGGCUGCAACCUAUCAAAAUACAGCCUCACCGCAUGAU